AAAUCCAUGAAAUAUACAAUUUGAAGCUUUUUUUUUUCCUUUAAACUAACGCACGUGUGUGUCUGUUCGUAGUCCAAACAGGUCUUCAGUUUCUUCUCUCGCGUAAGAAGACGAACAAAAGAAGAAGCGAACAUGAGAUGAUGAAACGAGGGAACUAAACAAAAGUCCCUCUUUGCCUUUUAGGGCAGCACAAAGGUGAAGCCUUUUUGAACUGGGUAUGUGUCGAAUUGGGGGUUUUAAGGUCUGGGAUCUUAAAAAUUGAAACUUUACAGAUGUGGUUUUAGUGGGGGCUAGUUUGAAAUUUUUCAAGAAUGGGAUCAGAAGCAGCUCAAGGUUCUUCCCGGUUAGAUACGUUGGAGAUUAAAUCCCUUAUUUUCCGAGAAUUUGGACAUCAAAGAGCUGAGAGUUACUUCCAUCAGCUCAGAAGAUUCUUCGCCUUGAAGAUAACCAAAUCUGAAUUCGACAAGUUCUUUAUCAAGACCAUCGGUAGACAACACAUCCAUCUCCAUAACCGUCUAUUACGUUCCAUCAUCAAGAAUGCUAGUGUUGCCAAGUCUCCACCUUCAAGAUUUGCCAAGAAAGGUGGCAGCUUUGUUAGAUUUGGUCAUGGGAAUACGAAGAAGAACUAUCAAAGUCAGCAACUUUAUGGUGAUUCUGCGUUCUCUCCUUCGACUCGCAAUUCCAGGUCGAGGAACUUUAGAGACAGGCCGAGUCCACUUGGGAAGCCUCAUCAUAGUCUAACUACUACAAACGAGGAGUCCAUGUCCAAGGCUCAAAGUGCUACUGAAUUGCUUUCUCUUGGAAGUAGACCUCCCGUGGAAGUUGCAUCUGUGGAGGAUGGAGAAGAGGUUGAACAAAUGGCAGCAAGUCCAAGUGUUCAGAGCCGGAGUCCUGUUACUGCUCCGCUUGGUGUUUCCAUGAGUCUUAGGAGGAAUGGAGCUACUAGAAAGUCUAUUUCCAAUGUAUCUAUGUGUAGCAGUAGUUUCAAGACUUGUCAGAGCAUUGGUGAACUACCUGAUACAAGAACGUUAAGGAGUCGGUUGGAGAGGAGAUUGGAGAUGGAGGGGAUAAAGGUAACUAUGGACUCUGUUAGUCUUCUUAAUAGCGGAUUGGAUGCGUUUAUGAGAAGGCUGAUUCAGCCUUGUUUGAGUUUGGCUAAUACUAGAUGUGGGAAUGAACAACGGGUAAGAGAGAUGAAUUACCAGUAUACACAGCAAAGCAGAAGGCUUUCAUAUGUAUCCAUGUCAGAUUUUCGUGCUGGUAUGGAGUUGAAUCCUCAGAUUCUUGGAGAAGAUUGGCCUAUACAUAUGGAGAAGAUCUGUUCCCUUUCUUCAGAAAAGUGAAAGAGUUAGCAACAAACACCAUAGUUUUGAUACAUAGCAUUUGAUUUUACUUCAUUGAACCUGAAAUUUGGGUUUUUGGAGUGUGUUCUGGUUUGGUUUGAUGUUUCAAGUUUCAGUGGGAGAAGCUAUGAAGAGAAGAAGGUGGGUCUUCUUGGUGUUGUACAAGUUGUUAUAAGUAGAAGUGAGAUUUUAAGUAGUAGCGAUUUCGAAGUAAACGCCAUUUCUUUAGCUGAUUUGUUUUUCUCUCGUAUGGGUUUGCUCUCUCAUGUAACAAAAUUAAUAAUGAAAGCAAAAAGAAGUAAAGCCAAUUUCGGUUCUUGUAAAGUUUUGUGUGAAUUUUUCAUUUGUCUGGUCAAAGUUGUGUGGUCAAAGCAACCAAUGCAAAAUGCUUUACAUUUUA